GUAUAACGAAGCUCCGUUCCGGUCCCAAUGGCUUCCCAAGUUCCCGGUCUCCUACGCCGAGGUACCAAAAGCUACGCUGAUACCCUCGGAUCUCUCUCACUUGGAGCUGGAGUUCCACAUUGCCAACGCCCAACAGUCAAAAAAAGCUUCACAGACAUCCUGGGAUCUCAACCAAGCGAUGCCCAAAAUAGAAUCGGAAGAUACAAAGGAUUCCCUGCUGUCUCCUUCACCCCAGAUGAGGUAAUUUCCCUUUCAAUCCCAUACCAAUUCGCACUUGUGGGUCGUUUCUUGAAAUCAAGACCUCCUCUGGAGGUUAUCCGUAAAAGCUUCGAGAAGAUAGGGUUCAAACCAGGCUUCACGGUUGGAUUAUUUUCCCCAUCCCUUAUUCUUAUAAAUUUUGAUUGCCCAAUUGAUUAUCAACGUUGCUUCUCAAGAAGGUUGUGGAAUAUCAAUGGAAGCCAGAUGGUGGUGUCCAAAUGGACCCCUUCCUUCCAUGCUGACACUGAGAGCCCUGUUUUUCCGGUUUGGGUGUCUCUAACCCAUCUACCCAUCCAUCUUCAAGAAGCUAAGGCAUUGCACUCCAUUGCGAGCUCCAUCGGUCACCCGCUGAUGAUGGAUGCAUCUACAUCAGCAAAAACUAGACCCUCAAUGGCUAGAUUCUGCGUCGAGAUUGAUAUCUCUAAAGAUCUCCCAAAGAAAAUUUGGAUUGAUAAUGGCGGGCUGGGUUUCUUCCAACCGGUGACCUACGAAAACCUACCACAAUUCUGCAUUCAGUGUAAAAAAUCCGGCCAUUUAGCCGGAAAAUGCUCAACUAUGGACAUUCCCAAGAACGAAGUGUCCAAGAAUAACCUACCAAAAACCUGGAACCCCAUUUCCAAGAAUGAAGUGUCCAAGGAUAAUCUGUCCAAAAGUGCUGCUGUGAUGCUAGAGCCCCUUCCCAAUAACCCAUGUGAAUUGGGUCCCAAACAUGACAGUAAACCUUCUUGUGAUACGAUGCCAAACACUGCAUGUCAAACGAAGUUAGAGGUAGACCAUGCUGUCCCAGAUUUUUCCCCAGAGCCUAACGGAGAUGAACUUGCACCUCUAGAAGCUACGGAGAUUAACCUCACUACCUUUUGUAAAGAGGACAAUCCCAAAACUCAAGCUCUAAAUGUUCAAAGUGAUGCUCAAACUGAGAGCCACAAUGACGUGCUGCAUCUGGAAAAAAAUUCUGGUGCUGCAUCUGGAAAAAAUCAGCAUGAAGUAAUGUUUGAUACCAACACUGGAGCUGUUGCUAAUCAUGAUGAAGUGUGUGUGCCCACUGAUGCUGCUGUUUUAGAUGAACUAGAUGAGCAAUUAGAAGCUGAAAUGGAAAAUCUGACUACGGAAGCAGAUCUGGAACAUACACAAGAACAAUCAAAUGAGGAAAGCAUGAAUGAUAUGAUUGCACAAAAUGUUAACUGUGUAGGAAAUACAAUCAACCUGGAAGAAUUUCCAGUACUCACAAGGCAAAAUAUCGAGGAGGAUGUACACACUCGAACCGAGAAUGUAGAGGCGGCUGUACCCACUCCAACCGAGAUAGAGAAGGAUGACACAACUGGGAUUCUAACUCUGAUUGCUGAAGAUACAACAAAGGAAACAAUCCCAAAUAAUUCAGAUGGCAGCAUAGGACAAAUCCUCCACUCCUUUGAGCUUGAAGGUCAACAUUAUGAAAUUAGGUCCUACAUUGAGGAAGGACAAACGUCAAACCACAAUGAAGAAAACUUCACAACUCAUGAAUUCCAAGAAGUCCAGAAUAGAAGAGGUAAAAAGAAGCAAGCUAUGCCAAGGACCAUCAAAACCAGAAGCUAUGAUCCUAAUCUCGAAGUCCGGACUGUGAGCGAGAUCAUGAGAUACUGGCCCAAUCGCAAAUCCACUACUUUGGAGAAAAUAGUUACUACCAAAAGUUAUUCUGGCCCCUUUUGGUACGUUGGGCCCGUUGGUCCAAUUGGCACUGACGGGAAAAGACCGAAGAAAAUAAUGCCCAGAAAUCUCUCCCUCGAUCAACACCCCGGUUUUAUAAUCUGGGAAUGAUCUUUUUUCAUUUUGAUUUAUUUCAAUUUCCCUUUUACAAUUGUUUUUCCUUUCUCGCAAUUUUUGAGGGGCAUUGGCUUAGUCCUCCCUUCUUUGUACUUUCCUUUACUUUGCAUUUAAUAAAAUAUCUCCUUUAAU